AUGUCAGGGAGCACAGAUUCUCUGACCUGUGAUGGUUCUGGCACAAAGGAGUUGGGCAUAAGCCAAGGCCUACCAUCAGAUACUAGUGACAGACAUAGUCCUUCCAGUGAUGUGAUAAAUUCUGUGCCAUUUUCUGUGCAACCAGAAGUCUACAAUGCUCUUUAUUUGAAUGUGUAUGACUUUGCAUGCUCAACAGCUGCAGAGUGUGAUGUGGUGUCUUCACUGAAUAGUGAAGAGAGAGAAGCAGUUCACCAUGUUGCAAGAUCUUUCGGCAUCAAUUCCAAAACCCGAGGAUUUAAGCAGGAAUGCAGAGUGACAUUAUUCAAGAGGCAGCUGUCUUCCAUCCUUUGUGAUGAGCCUUGGUUGAAGUUGCUCCCAACUGCUCGACUCCAGAUCUCAAGCUUGCACGAAAGAUUCCCCCUUACUAUGAAAGAGAAAAUGGGGCUUCAAGUUCAUCCUGAGAAGGAGAAAAAGGACAUCAAUUACUGUCGAAACAAUGGCUUUCUCGCCAUGGGCCUAGUGCAGAUCCCUCCAGAAAGAUGCAUUCCUGACCCAAACCAUCAUACCUUCUCUUCCAUCAUGGAUCUAAGGGAGCUUCUCAUCUUUGCCAUUGCCAUCUGUCCAGUUGUUAUCAUAACUGGUCCUCCACACUGUGGGAAGUCAUCACAGAUUCCACAGUUCAUCAUGGAUGAGUAUCAUAAGGAGCAAUACUACAUGCGCCUCGUGUCAUCACAGGCAACUCGCCUAUCAGCUGGACAGUUGGCAUCUCAGGUUGCUGAAGAUCGAGGAGAAACCUCUCGUCUCACAACAGGAUAUGUUGCCCGUCUUGAGAGCAUGGUUCCUCCAUCAGCCAUACUAACUUACUGCACCCAUGAUGUCUUGUUGCGAAGCCUGAUGUCAGGAAGUGGUUUCAUUGCAACUGUCUCUCAUCUCAUCCUGGAUGACAUGGAGGAGUUUUGUGAGAAUUGGGAGGCAAACCUUCUGCUGCUGGCAUUGAGGGACCUACUCAGUCGCACAACUCACAUGCGGUUGAUCAUCAUCAUCUCUGACAUUAAUCGAACCACUGCCCAACUUCUUUCCACCUAUUUCAAUAAGGCUCCAAUCUUUGAGGUCACGUCCACCAGUGGGUACCCUCGGGAAGCCUUCUUAGAAGACAUUUUGCUUUGUGAAGGCAUGGAUGAAAGUGCUGAAAAGAGGUCAGGGAUGAGUGAUGCCAAGGUGAUGGACAUGGAGAUCAUGCAAUUUUGGCUCCAGGGAGGCUCUCAGAAGUCUGUGUCUGAGAAGUCUGCAUCACAACUAUCUUCCAUCUGGUCACAAUUGUUUGAGGCAAGUCUUUGUGAGCAACGAUGGUGUGUGGAGAAUGAAGAAGUCACACCUGAACUCCAGGCAGAGGCAGACAUCCAGCUGGAAAGAGCAUGGUAUAUUGGGAAUGAGGAUGCUCUCACCACCCUAGCUGCAUUCUUCCUCAAGAGCCAUAUCUCAGUUGAUACCCAACAUUCCAAGAUGGGGAUCACAGCCCUUGCAGUUGCUGCAGCACAUGGUUCCUGUGUGGCUGCGAGGUUCUUCCUCUGUAUGGGUGCUAAUCCUCUUGUAAUCAUGCCAGACCGGUCUCUUCCUGCUGACUGGGCUCGGGUAAGAGGUUUUGACGACUUGGCAAAUUUCCUCGCUACAUUCACGAAUGUCACAACCUUCAAAGGAAUUGACAUCAGUCUCCAUGCUCUUCUCAUUGAGAAGAUUCUCUUGCAAUGUGAAGGGAACAUUCUGGUCUUCUUGUCAAGCUGUUUAGAAGUGUGUGAUUUGUUGAAGACCCUCAAAGCUCGAGGGAAAAACUUGCAGUUCACUGCUGUUUUGAUCCAUCCUUUCAUACCUAGCACAGAUUUGAAGUUUGAUGGGAACUCUCGUGUUGUUUACCUGACCACACAUGCAUGGGUUUGUCAUGUUGAGCUUCCUGGUGUUCUCCAUGUCAUUGAUUGUGGUCGAUCAGUGGCUGAAUGGAUUACACAGGAAGAGGCUAAUCAUCGGUUGCUCAUGCUUCAAUCACAAGGCACAUGCUACCACAUGUACCCAAAGGCGAGAUUCCUCAUCCUGAAACAUCAAGGCCAGAACUCUUCUCAGAAGCUUCUUCCGAACUUGUGUGUGACUGCAAGGACCUUGCUACCAAAUGAUGUCCGCUUGGCGACCUUCCUUAGCUUCCUCCCACAUCAGGUACCAUCUGAGGAUAUCCUGAAGACAAUCAAGUCUCUGGAGAAGCAAGGGAUAUUUGAUGAGCAUGGAGGACUCAUGGAACUUGGCCUGAAUUGCCUAGAUCUUCCACUUGAUCCACAGCUGGGAAAAAUGGUCCUUUAUGCCAUUGCUCUCAAGUGUCUUGAUCCCAUACUGACCAUUGUCUGCUGCCUGAUCCAGCCGAAUAUUUUCUGGCUACCUGAGACAGCAGAAGGAAGGAGAGCUGCAUAUAGAAUGAGGAACAAGUUAGCUGAUGGAUGCCUCAGUGAUCACUUUGUACUCUUGAGAGUCUUUCAGUUAUGGCAGCAGGCCAGAUCCAGUGAUCAGGAAGAAAAUUUUUGCAACCAGUACUAUGCCUGCCCACAUGCACUGGCUCAAGCCAAUGCUGUCCGGUGUCAGCUGGUUGCACAACUCCGGGCUUCGGGGUUUAUUCGUCCAAGAGGGCCUAGUGAUAUGAGGGACCUCAAUGUCUUUUCAGAGAGCUGGUCAGUUGUGAAGGCAGCUUUAGUGGCUGGUUCCUACCCUUGCAUUGCAUAUGUUGAUCGGGAAAUGGAGAGGAUCUGCACUGAGAAUAAAUGUGAAGUGGAGUGUGAACCAUUGUCUGUGCUGAAUGAGUCAUACAUCAGUGGCCCAGAAGGUGGGUGGAAACACUUGGACACGGACUGGAUCAUCUUUCACAAGCAGGAGGGCCUGUUCUUACAAUGUUGCACUGCUGUCAGCCCUAUUCCAAUUGCUUUACUCUCUGGCAGUCCAAAGAUCCCUCCAGAGAGACUGUGCCCAUUCAAUCUCAGCUCACCAGAUGUUAGCACAAGGGGAGAAGGAAAUGUGUGCAAUGUGAUCCUUGAUGAGUGGAUCAGUUUCCGCAUGGAACCACGUGAUGCUUACUGGCUUGCUUUCUUGAGGCUCAAAUGGAGUUCCUACUUCCUUCAUCGCAUAUCAUUUCCAUUCAAGCCCUGGUCCCAGGUGUCUGAGGAGUCAGCAAUGCAGAGCCUGGUCACAGUACUCUUGAAGGAAGAGAAACACUUAGAUGCUCGUGUCCCGCAUGGCAUUGGGCUGAAGCCUCGUUUCAUGUGCCUUUCUUCUGUUCUCAAAUUCCCUCCAAGUGUGUUUCUUGUCCAUUUCAUCCCUUCUGCCCCAACAUUAUUUUCCCUGGAAGAAAGAUUUUCUGAUCUGCUUGCAGAUGGACACCAACAGCAAAACCAGAAGGCUCCUGCUUUGUCAGCAGAAAAAAUCGGUGCUGGAAGUAGAAGUCGUACUGAACAUAGUGUCCACUAUCACCUCAUCAAAGCCUCCAACCAAGACACAAUUCAUGCUGGAUGUCAAGCUGGUCAAUGGGCAUUUUCUCAUGGUGUGGAAAAUCGACUCCUCACUUCCCUUAAUGUCGGGAGGGUGGUGUACAUUCUGCUCAGCAUUGAGGGAAGUGGAUCACUGCAGGGAUAUGCUGAACUGUCAGCAGACAUAGUUCCCACCAAGGUGGUUCAAUUUGCUCAAGAUCCCCAUGUGGGACCUGCUUUCAAGCUCACUUGGGUCAAGAAGGCCAUUCUUUCAUUUACCAGUGCCAAGAAGGCCACAAAUCUUGAUCUCUGGCAGUGUGAAAAUGGCCAGCAACUGGAUCCCAAAGUUGGAGAAACGCUUUGCCAACUGAUGGAUCGGUGUGCUGCUAAGGCCUUGCGUAGCACCCAUAGUCAGCCAGUCUCUCCACUUGAAUUUGGAUCACUCUGGGAGGACAUCAUUCCUCAUGCUUCCUCCAAUGCACACAGCCAGUUUCCUCAUUUCUACCAGUGA